AUGGAAAAUGCCUGCAAAGAGCCCGAGGAGCGGCCACAGAGCUCGCCCAAGGCGGAUGAAGAGCGGCCUUCUGUGGAGCAGUCUCCCGAAAAGUCGUCUCCGGAGGAGCAGUCUUCGGAGGAGCCGUCCUCGGAGGAGGAGUUCUUUCCAGAGGAACUCCUUCCUGAGCUCCUUCCCGAGAUGCUCGAGUCCGAGGAGCGCCCUCCUCAGGAGCGCCUGUCGAGGAAGGACCUUUUUGAGGCGCGCCCUCCCAUGGAGCAGCCUCCUUGCGGAGUGGGCAAACACAAGCUAGAAGAGGGAAGCUUUAAGGAAAGGCUGGCCGGCUCCCGCCCGCAAUUUAGAGGGGACAUACACGGCAGAAAUUUAAGCAACGAGGAGAUGAUAAAGGUAGCAGAGGAGAUGGAAGAGAUGAAGCGAGUACGAAACAAACUGAUGAUCAUGCAUUGGAAGGCCAGGCGGAACCGUCCUUAUCCUAUUUAA